AUGACAAUGGUACUCAUUGCACUUCUGGCUGUGAUCAUCGUCCCAAUCGUGAUCGCCUGCCCUCAACCUUCGAAAAAAGCAGUCCAACUACCUGAUGUCGACACUUUUCACCAACAAAAUGGGACAAAAUGGCAGAUAAAAUAUACUGGAGAUAUCAAGUUCACCGGAUCACUUGGUAAUCUUGGGCUUGGGGGCGACAAAUGUCGGUCAAGCUUCCUCGGUGGCCGACACAUCUGGAAUUGCGGUGACAUGAUGUGCGGCACGUGGAAUAAGUGCGGCUUCUCGAUGGGCGCUGCUUUCUACGGCACAAAGGCUGUCUCGGUGAUUGAUGCGUCCGCACACGCAAACGUCGGCGAGUUCACUUUUGCUUCCUCCUGGCAUGGAGAUCCGAAGCCCGAGCCUCCACAGUCGCAGUACGGUAUGGAUACAUCGAACGUUGUUCCGAUCAACGACACUACUGGCAUUGCCUAUGUUUGGGAAAUCACCCGUGGAGCACCGGAUGGCUCGAUUAGUAACCAAGGCGCUGGAGUCGUCGCUGUGACGCUUGGUAAGACCCAGCCGAUUGCAACGAGGCUCGGACCACUUCUGACAGGACCCGACUCGGUCGCUCUGGGACUUUUCGCCAUCAUUCGUGCUCAGCAGUACAUCUACAACUACGUUCAACAAGGGCCGUUCGGCAACAUACUCGUAGGACGGGUCAAAGCAGGCGAAGCUGCUUUCCGUGCAGAUCGAUACGAGUAUCUUGUCUUUCCGCCUGACAACAAGACUAGCCCCGUCUGGGAGCGUGGUAUCCCAGCUGCCGAUGAUGCCUCGAGGUAUGGCAUGCGAACAGCUGAGUCCAAUGGUCGUUUCACUUGCCAACAAUAUGGUAGCGUGAUCUGGAGUAACUACUUCGGAAAGUACAUGCUGAUGUGCAACCUCUAUCUUGACUUUCUGUUCUUCUACCUGGCUGAAAACCCGUGGGGUCCAUGGACUCAAGGAUACAAGCUUCUGAACAACGAUUCCGGCUGGCUGGGCUAUGGUGUGUCCGCGCAUCCGCGAUACUCAACGAAAGAUAAUGAGUUGUACUUCUCGCAGGGACCUAAUGGACCGCUCAACAUGUUUAAGCUCACUUUCCACUAUUAG